GCUGGGCUGCGACGGGCCGGGCUGCGAGAGCCCAAGCUGCUGCGGUCGGAGCCGUCUAAGCGUGUUUAACACUUUUUAAUGUGGCUGGAGCUUCAAGAUGUAGCUUCUCUGAUGCGAAUGCUUUAAAGAGUGACAUACACAAGGAUCCCAUGCAAGAAUCUUCUCCACCCCCACCAUGGUCUGGAAGAACUUUGGCUCCAACGUGCUUGCCGCAGAGAACUUCUCCAGUUGUCCCAAUGGCUCCCCUUGGAUCUGGGAUCUGUUCAACGAGUGUGCCCAGGAUGGGUGGGACCUAGCCAGCGUGAUCCUGGGCCUGACUUCAAUAGUCUGUUUUAUUGCGGCUGCCUUCCCCCAGUACAUCAAGGCCUGCAGGACAGGCAACAUGGACCAGGCCAUCUCCGUUUGGUUCCUGAUGGGUUGGCUAGGCGGAGACUCCUGUAACCUCAUUGGCUCUUUCCUCGCCAGUCAGCUACCUCUGCAGACCUACACUGCCAUCUACUAUGUGCUGGCUGACCUCCUAAUGAUAUCUCUCUACUUCUACUACAAGUUCAGAAACCGGCGCUCCUUAAUAUCAGCCCCCAUCAACGCAGUCUUCCUGUUCAUCUCCUUUGGGGCAGUGUCAGCCAGCCCCCUCCUCCUGCAGCUCAGUCCCUCAUCCCCACAGGAGGUCUUCCGGAGCAGGACGCUCCUGAAUAUAGAGCCCGCUGAUAAACCCUUCACCAAGCAGGAGAUCGUUGGCUUCACCAUCGGCUCCAUUUCCAGCGUGCUGUACUUGACGUCUCGUCUGCCCCAGAUCUACACCAACUUCCGGAGGAAGUCCACCCAGGGUAUCUCCUACUCCCUCUUUGCCUUGGUGAUCUUGGGCAACAUGAUGUACGGGCUGAGCGUGCUCCUGAAGAACCCCGAGGCCGGGCAGACCGAGAGCAGCUUCCUGCUCCACCACCUCCCCUGGCUCAUCGGCAGCCUGGGCGUGCUGCUGCUGGACGUCAUCAUCUCCAUUCAGUUCCUCAUCUAUAGAAAGCAGCCCUCCUCCGCUGAGAGAGAGCCCCUGCUGGGCCAGGAUCCCAGCUGAUCGUGUGCCAAGGCCAAGACCAGGAUGGCCAAAGGACCAGGCAGACACCGGGGCAAGGGGAGGAGCGUGGAAGGGAGAUGGUGGUGCUGCCCACCCCUGGUCGGAAUGGGUUUAGGUGCUAAGGAGGGAGCCAGGGCCAGCAGGGCAGAGGGGAGCCCUGAAACUCUCCUGUCUCUGGCUGUCGUCCUGCCUGAGACUUCUUCCAGCCUCUGUGAGUCUGCUCCCUUCCUUCUGUGAGCCAGGACUUGCCUUCCCAAGGACCAGACCCCACUGGCCCCCCAGCUUAGAUCUUGGGCUCCCAGGCAGAGCAGCAUGGGCAGGGAUUUGGGGUCAGAUCACCAGGAUGUAUCCCCUCGGGCCCUCCCUCGGCUGGGUUACACUCUCCCCAACCCCUGACCUCCCCAGGGGCUGGCCUCUGGUCCCCACAACUCAGCUAGCAGUUUCUCCUUCCCCUGUGUUUUACCCAGCACCAAAUUUGCUAGUAAAAUCCAUCCAAAUGGACA